GCUGGUCGUGUUUGUCUGUUUGUUGUUGCUGCUGCCGCCGCCGUCGCCAGUGUUGCUGUUGUUGUUGUGUUCCGGUUGCUCUGCUGCCGCUGCUGCUGUCGCCAGCGAAACGAAAAGCUACAAAAAUUGUGAACGACAAACCAACCAACAAGUACACACAUACACACGCAAAACGUAAUAUACACACAUUUAUGUUCGUGUAUAUACAAUGUACAUAUAUACAUAUGUACGUGAAAGCCGGUCGCGCAUUUAAUCAGCAGCAGCAACAACAACAACAACAAUUUAAUGCAGUUAAUUUUACUGUAAAAAGUGAUUCUAACAAUGAAAAUAUGUGUGCAUUUGUGACGUGACAAUAAAAUUGUUGCCAAAUAGUUACAACAAAAAGAAUAAUAUUCUUGCCGCCUACAACAAGACCAAGAAGGAAUCGCUUAGAUUUUGUGGGCGCUCAUAAUAAGCAGCACGAGAAGGUUGAAUGCAGUUACGUUUACUGUAUAAAGUGCUAGAACUACAAGAAGGAUCCGCCUUGGGUUUUCAUUCCAUUCCGGCCAACGCAACAACAAGGCGCGCCCUGUCUCAACUACACAUUGCGUUGUGCCUUACGUGUUCUCCUAACUGUGAUAUAUGUAUUUUAUUUUUCCCGUAACAAACGCGCGCGCUCUCUCAUUGCAUUCUCUCGAAGUGCUCUCGCGACGCUCUUCACUGUCUCGAUUCGCCGCUUUGCUUUGCUGUGGAUUUCGUUAAUUUUAUUGUUGUGUUUUUUUUUUGCCGACUGCGACGCACAGCGCCGACUGGCCUGGGCCGUUUUUGCUGCUUGCUUUGAACUCCAUUUACUACAUACGAGCAGCAGCGGCCGCCGCAUCAACAGCAGCAGCAGAGGCAGCAGCUCCAAAGGCAGCAGAGCUAACCGCGACCGGCACUCACUUUGCGUUUACGUUGUGGCCCAUGAAGUUCGAUCGCGGUGCACAAAAUGUGAAAACUGUAAAAAAGAAAGAAUCAGGAAAAAACAUUCACUCACACAACCAAGACUGCAUGCAAAACAACAAAUUAACGGCAAAUCAAAGUGGUGCGCGCGUGUGUGUAACAAUUAUGUGAUAAAUCUAUAUACAACAAAAACAAAAUUUAAAAAAAUUUUCAACUGCUGACGUCACAACGCGCGCAACGCAAUCAAAAAGUAAAAAAGUUUUCCCACACAAAAGCAAAGGCAACAGCAACAGAAAAUUUUGCGCAUUGGCGAAAAAGUAAAUACAUAAUGUUGAUGAGUAGUAUAUAAGCGCAAAUAUGAAACGUGUGUGAUAUUAAAUGAGCGGCCACAGCAAACCAGCAAAGCCAGCGACGUUGGCAGCAGCAGCAGCGACAACGACAGCGUCGAAGACGACGACCACGACGUCACGUCAACUUGAAAGCCAAAGCCACAUUUUGUUGUGUGUGGUGGUGCGGCAGGCGUUGGCGGCCAGUGGCAGCCGAGUGUGUGUGAUAUACAUAUAUAUAUACUAUAUAUAUAUAGAAAAAGAAAUUCCAAUAUAGAUGUGAAGAAUCCUUAGGUGCUAAUUUAGUUGAUAAGCGCAAAGUAAACAGCAAACCGUUGCAAGUACAAUAUAUUUAGGCAAAAAGCAAAAAUCCAGAAACCAGCAGCGCACACAAGUUUGCUGUGUGUUAACGUUUUCCCACUUAUACAUACAAACAAACAAACACACACACACAUACAUAUAUACACAAAAUAUAAAAGGCUGAAUUAAAAGUAAAUGCCAAGCCUGGUUCAUAAAAGCAACGUUGCGGCCCUGCAACGAAGCAAGCCAAAAACUGAGCCUAGUUGUUAAGUAAAAAAAAAGAAGAAGAUAAACCUAAAAACAAUAAGUAGAAGAAGAGGAGGCAGAGGAGGAGGAACCAUUUUACAAACACUGCACUUUGGGAGCAGCUGUGGAAGAUGUCGAAAUAUUUUAUAACUGUUGCACCACCAAACACCACAAAUCACACAACAACCACAGCGGGCAACAACACAACUGGCUACAACAUCAACAGCAACAGCAACCUCCAACAACAGAUACGGCGGCCACAACAUCUCUUUGGAGGCGUCGGUGGCACCGCCCAGUACGUUCGGAAGCUCAACUACGAACAGCUAACAGCUGGCAACAACAACAAUAAUAAUAAUAACAAUAACAUUGUGAUCAAAAGCGAUAUUGUGGAAGACAUCGUCGAAUAUGAUAAUGGCAUGAACAGCUGUGACAGUAACAGUGGCGUGGCAGCACAUCUAAGAGAUCACGUCUACAUUAGUCUGAACAAGAAAAACCAUAACGUUGACAGUGGCAAUCACACAGCAGCGGCAACAACAGUGACGGCAGCAGCAACACCAAACCCGCAACAGCACCAACAACAGCAACAGUUGGUAACCUCCACACCAAACACACAACAGAGGGGCGGUGGCGGCGGUGGUUCAGGCGGCGGCAGUGGUGGCGGCAUGGCAGCAACCAAAACAAACGAAAUCACACAAUACUACAAGGUAAAACGCCGGCCGCAAGCCCAACACGAUAUACACCCCAAGAAGCAGGCGAAACAGAACGCGCAGCAUCAAACGAUCGUCUAUUCGAAGCAUGCGGCCAGCAGUACGCCCCGACAGUUGCAUCUUCAGUCCGACAUCGACGUGGACGACGAUGAGACGAGCAAAUCGUCCAGCCAGCAGCUUCAACCGUAUCGUCACACUUCCUCCCAAUCGUCUCACAACUAUGGCUCCUCCGGGCAGACCGAACAGGCUGCCUCCAGCAGUAGCAGUGGGGCUGGCGGCGGAGGUGGGGGCGGGGAUCGAAAUCGGGCCGACACCUCGCUGGGCAUACUCACGAAAAAGUUUGUGGACCUGCUACAAGAAUCACCCGAUGGGGUUGUCGACCUCAACGAUGCCUCCAGUCGACUGGCGGUGCAGAAGCGCCGCAUCUACGACAUCACCAAUGUGCUGGAGGGGAUCGGCAUACUGGAGAAGAAGUCCAAGAAUAAUAUACAAUGGAAGGGGGGUCAGUCGAUGGUCAGUAGUGAGCGAACGCGUCGCAUUGAGGCCGAGAGCGAGCGUCUGGAACAGCGGGAGAAUGAGCUGAACAUGCUCAUCGAUCAGAUGCGUGGCGAGCUGGCUGAGAUUUCUCAGGAGGUGGACACAGUCGGUGGCAUGGCGUACGUAACGCAGAAUGAUCUGUUGAAUGUGGAUCUGUUUAAAGAUCAGAUUGUUAUUGUGAUCAAGGCACCGCCGGAGGCGAAGCUUGUGCUGCCCAGCACACAAAAGCCGCGUGAGAUUUAUAUUAAGGCGGAGAAUAGUGAUGAAAUCAAUGUGUUUCUCUGUCACGAUAAUACGCCAGAGAGUUCACCAGAUACAUCGAGUGGCGGCAGCCAUGUAAGAGCACCUGGAAGUGGUGUAGUGCGUACCGCCACCUCGACACGUUUGCAUCAUCUGACAAAUCCGCGCCACAACGAUCCACUGUUCCAUAACAUUGAUGCCAUUCACACAAAGGGUUUGGGCCACACACCAUAUCGUCUACCAGCCCAACGCAACCUUAGCAAAUCAAUUGAGGAUGCGGCGAAACAAACCCAGCCUGAAUAUAAUAAUAUUUGUGAUAUUGCCGGAGACGCCAAAUAUGAGCAGUCAUUGAUGCCUCUGGAUUAUGAUGUGGAUGAUGAUCUGGAUAUGUUAGUGCCCACGCUCACAAAUCCCGUUGUGAGCAGCAGUCAGCAACUGAAUAGCAAUAGCAGAAGCAACAGCAACGAUAACAGCAACACUGCCGUUGGUAAACAGCUGUUUGGCAGCCCAAAUCAAUCCUCCUCGCCCACAACCCGUAGGCAGCUGUUUGGCAGUUCGAACCGUAGACAUGCCAAACAGCUGUGUGAUGUCCUAACUCAAGCCCAUCAACGUUCAGUAGCUGCUCCUGCUGCGAUGUAUGUGGAACACGCAAACUCUACGCUUAAUAGUCAUAGCAACAACAACAACAACAACAACAACAGUAGUAACUCCAGGAAAACCUGUAGCAGCAACAGCACUGUUAACAACACAGUUAACAGCUUCAGCAGUCAACAGGAACAAGAUCCCCAGCAAUAUCAGCAACAACAACAUCAAAGCAAAAACUUUCGCACUAGCGAUGUUCCCAUGUAUAAUUGUGCAAUGGAUGGCAGUAACAACAACAGCAACAAUAAUAGCCGCGACAGUGGCCUUGUGCCAGCGAUGGAACAAGUUCAUCAACAGCAACAUGUUGCUGGAUACUCGGCUAAUGGUUCAAUGAAUAUGCAAUUUACAUCUGUUGCUCCCUGCAGCAACAACGUAAAUAACGAUGUUGUUGGCAACAUGGUGGAGACUUAUGGCGCUGGCGCCAAUGCCAAACAGCUGAACUCCAACAACAAUGGCAGCAGCAACAACAACAGCAGCGACAACAACAACAGCAACAACAACAACAGCAGCAGCAGCAACCAUAACAGUCGCAGCCUACCACCUGUCUUCACUGCCACAGACUGUGACGGGAACAGUAACAGCAGUUGCGGGAUGCCAGGCCUAGAGGAUUUGUUGUUUACUGAUAUGAGCCCAGACUACUUCAGCAGCAGCGAUAUGGCCUUCGUGUCCAUUAAUCCGCCGGACGAUAUUGAUUAUCAAUACGCGCUGAAUGCCAAUGAGGGCUUGGAUCGGCUCUUCGAUUUCGGUUCCGAUUCGGUUACGCCUACAAAAUGGGGCAGUUUAUAAUCUUAAAUUAUAUGCAGCAUAUUAUUAAUAUUAUUAUUAUUAUAUUAUUACAAUUAUUAUUAUUAUUAUUAUUAAAUUACAAAAAAUCUAUAUCUAUAUGUAUACACAAAAGAAAACCGGAAAGCAAAUCAACAAAGUAAUGCAAAAACCAUACAAAAAACCAACACCAACAACAACAACAAAUUAGCAAACUUAAUGAAAAUAAGUUGUGUGUAACAUUUUAAGCGUAAAAUACAUUUAAAUUUAUAAUCCAAACUAUUUUAAGUGAGAAACAAAAACUAAAAACUACUUUAGAGAAACUAAAAACUUGAUUUAAGAAGCAAGGGGGCGCUGUGUGCGUCGUUGGGAAACAUUUUUAAAAGCCAAUACGAAAACCUUUUUUAGCCUUAACAACAACAACAACAAAGAGGAGAAGAAGCAGUAGCAGCAGCAGCAACAGCGGACCUCCUUUCCCCUCCUUCUUUAAUCCCACAUCUCCGCCUCUGCCGCAACCAACUGAGGCGACAAAAUUUAGAAACCUAAGCUUACUAGAACUGUCUGUAAAUUAGCAAACAAAUACACACACAACAAACACACACACACACACUUAUACACAAUUUUUAAAUAAGUUAAAAAAAUAGUUAUAUACCUAAUUAUAAACAAUUACAAUUAUUAUUAUUCUUAAUAAUAAUAAAAACUCAAUUUCAAAUUGUUAAAACAAACAAGCAAACAAACCGCUAAGGCGAGGAACAUUUUUUGUACAGACUCCAAAAGCCAAGGCUGCGAAUAUAUAACUUAUUGGUUCGAUUCCAUUCGUUUCCGUUCGAUUUGAUUCUGUUCUGGUACUGCAUGCCAAUGUAUGUGUGUCUAUCUUCGACUGUAUGUCUCUCUGAAAACUGUUCCGAUCUGACUGUCUCUCACUCUCCAAACCGUUCCAACUAUGCUUCAACUCUCUCACUCUCCAAACUCCCAACCACAAUUCUCUCCAAUCUACACCAAUCCGUCUGUCUCUCGAUUACAGCUCAAAGCAAUGUGCGUUUAGUUUAAUGUUUAGAAGAGAAACAAGCAGAACUAAUACUUAAAUGCCUAAUCAUAAUUUGUUAUUGUUAUUUAAAAUAUAUAUACACACACACACAAACACAUCCAUACACACACACACAGCCACACUCUCAUUUACAAUAGAGAAGCAGUUCUACCUAAGAGCCAAAAUCCCACAAAAAUAAAAAAACACACAUUAAGUAGUUAUUAAACUAUCGCCUAAUGGUUAAAUAAAAUCAACACAAAAUGCAAA